GGUCUCAUCAAACAAAACCAAUAAAACCCUCAAUUUUUAUUCCUUACGCGAUUGAAACCCUUUCGGCAAGGAAAUAAAUGAGAGCAACUAGCUUUCCACAGCCGCUCGUGGCCAAGCCGCAUCGCCGGGAAGACCUCCUUUCCCUUGCACAAAUAAAGAAAUCCCCCGAAGAAGUUCCCAUGUCGAUUCCAGGUGAAAUCUCCGGUAAGAUUGAGUGCUCUUCCAGCGGUAUAGACAAAGUGGCGAUCGACUUCAACGACGACAUCGUCAGUUUCCUCGAUCGCGGCCUCAACUUCAAUUCAAGAUUACAAUCUCACUCUUCCUCCGUACUUUUCCUACAGCGGCUCCAGCAACGAAACUUCUUGUUAACUGUUGGGGAAGAUGAGCAAUUAGCUUCCGAACAAUCCUUCACGUGCCUCCAGGUUUUUGACCUCGAUGAGGCAUCGCAACAACAUGAGGGAACUAGAGACCACGAGGAAGUGAUAUUGCAUGGCUAGGGUUUGGAAUUAUAUAUUGGAAAUUUGGACGUGUGGAUUGAUGGGACGGAUGGAAUUAUACAGUGGGGAUUUGAGGAAGACGUGAGAGGGAUGAUCACUUACAAAGCUCUUGGUGGGAAUUCUAAGACGAUCAACAUUUGAAUGAUGGUUUGUUCGAAUCAAUCCACUUGAUCGUAAGGUGAGUGUAAAGGGGGUAAAUUCUACGCCUUACGUAUUUUUUUAAGUAUUAUGAUUUUAAGUAUUUUAGCGAAUUGGUUACCAUUGCUUGAUUAUGUUUAUGAUUGAUUAUUUGUGCUUUGCUUGAGCUAUGAUUUGGGGUGAUUUUGUGCUAUUCACCUUAAAGCGUUAUGUUAUGAGUUAUUGUUAAAGUUUAAGAAACAAGUUCUUUUUAA